AUGGAGCCCGAACCUGACGACGCGGUCACGCAGCUUGAGGGCUUGGCGCUUGGGCAGGUUCUUGAGGACUUAGGAAUUGUUGGUAACGAGUCUGAUCUUCGGCGCAUUGGACUUGGUGCCUCAAAAGCGCAGACGAAUCACGCGCUGAACAAGGAUGAAAUUUACCGCGACGAUUUCGACGAAGACGCUGUUGAGGAUGUACAGGAGGAUGCAGAGAUGGAGGAGGCGGAUGGGAAUACCAAGACUCCUAUUGAGCAGAAUGGUGUACAACCUUUGCGGCAUGCGAAAGCACCGAUUCGCGGCGAGGACGACGACUUUGCCGACGAAGAGGAGGAGGAAGAGCCUGCGCCACCAGCAGAUGUAGAAAUAAGCUCACCUCUGGGAUCAAAAAAUUCUCCAAUUUCACCCCGGAAGGAAGCAUUACAGCUUUUCCCCGACUUUAAACCCGGCGUCGUGCUGAAUCAUACCGAUUUGUUUGGGACACAAUCGCUCAAGCGUCGUAGGCUUGUAUCCAAGGCAAAACCAUUGCGAUUUGCACCCAAGGUUGCGUUGCUUGAGCCUGCUCCUGCUGUGGAAGCUCUCACGACACCUGAGCUUAGCCAACAACCUUCAAACGCUACCCAAACUUUGGUGACACGCUUCGCUGCGUCCUGCAUUGGGACGGACAAACAGAGCCAGGAAAAGGCUGUACUGCUAGUUGAGUUUGAUGAUGAUACUACAGACCGUGAUACCGGACGCCCAGGCAAGUCGGUCAACAAUGUGGAAGUGGAUGACUGGGAACGUCGUGUGGUUCUCUCUGGCUCGCAGCCCAAGGAACUGCACAUUGCUGAUCUCAGCCGCUCGCGUAACUUCGAGCUCUCGAAUGGCACGUGGUUUGAGAGCAUCAUCUGGAAUCCACACAACAAGUUUCGGCCAUUUGAUCGCCUUAUCAUGGACAUGAACGACCCAGACAUGAUUUUCGAGAACGAAAAAGCGAGCGAUGAGAAACAAACAUCGCUGCUUCGCGCAGAUGCACCGCCGAACUUGCUCAAAACGAGCAAGUACACGGGUGAACUAGACAUGUUCAACAUUUCGAACGACCGCAUGUACGAAAUGAGCAAAGAGCACAGGCACCGCGUGCGCCAAACUUUGGGCCAGCUUGUUGUGCGACACACAUGGCCAGCGAUCAGACUGCAGCUUCCCUUUUACAAGACGCGCUUAACAAAGCAGGAAACGCGGUCCUGGCACCGACCCCGCAUCCAGUUCCCCGUGAAUGCUCCCAUCACGUUUUCCAAGGUUCGCACCACGCGCAAGUCCAAGGAUGGCGAGCGCAGGUCCAAAGACCCAAGCGAAGUGCUUCGUAGCACGCGCGACCUUACACUGAAGGAUGCGAGCAAUUAUAUCUUGUGCGAAUAUUCUGAAGAGUACCCUCCCCUACUUUCAAAUAUCGGUAUGGGAAGCCUUUUGGUCAAUUACUACCGCAAAAAAGACAGCAAAGACGAUUAUAUUCCACGGGGCGAGCUGGGCGAAGCAUUUGUGCUCGAGACCACCGACGAGUCUCCAUUUAUGAAGUUUGGCGGCGUGGAGCCUGGCCAAACUCAGCCUGUGUUUUACAACAACAUGUACCGUGGCCCCCUUUUUCGACACAAACCUGAAUCGAACGACUUUUUGUUCAUUCGGAGCACGACUAAAAACGAUGUACGCUACUACCUCCGUGACAUUCCGUUCCUCUUUACUGUCGGGCAAACGUACCCAACCACACCCAUUCCUGGUCCUCAUGCGCGGCUUGUGACCAACAACAUCAAGUAUCGCCUUCAGAUGAUCACGUACAAACUGGUGGAAAAGAGUCACGCGCAUCGGAUCAAAAUCCAUCGCGUGAUGAAGUACUUCCCCGACCAGAACGAGUUGCAAAUGCGGCAGCGUUUGAAAGAGUUUAUGGUGUACAACCGCAAGUCGGGCGAUGUGCACCAGGGAUUUUGGCGCUUGAAGCCAAACGUCCCGAUCCCUGACGAGGCAGAGCUGCAGAAACUGCUGACUCCAGAGCACAUUUGCCUUGUGGAAGGCAUGCAAGUUGGGCAGCGCCACUUGCUUGAUGCAGGCUUUACCAAGACAGCCGAAGGCGCGGAAGACGACGGCGAUGAAAACAAACUGGACAUUGAGCAAUUACUCGCUCCAUGGAUUACCAGCAAAAACUUUUUGCAGGCGACCCAAGGCAAGGCAAUGUUGAAAUUACACGGCGACGGCGAUCCAAGUGGCCGUGGCGAGGCAUUCAGUUUUGUGCGUGUAUCUAUGAAGGAGAUUUUCUUGCGUGCUGGCGAGGAUGUCGACGAGCGUCUGGCUGCCGAAGCCGAGGCGCGGGCCAAGUCUGGGCACCGCUACAAUGUCGCUGAGCAACAAGCCAUUUACCGCUCGGAAGUGGACCGUAUCUGGAAAGCCCAAAUUGCAGCGCUUUCGAAUCCAGUUCCGCCAGUCGUUACGCCAAAAGAGGAUUACGAAUGGCGUGAAGAGGAGCGCAAGGAAAAGAUUGAGCAGCAAAAAGGAUCAAAGCCUCUGCUGAUUAAGCGCUUGUUUAACGGGGUUUGGUACAGGCAUAUUGUGCGCGAUCCGCAAGUGAUCAAUGCUUACAUCCGGCAGCGACAGCAGCUUGAGGAGCAGAGCAUUGUGACGGAGUCACUGGUUCCCACAGGCGAUACGGCGCUUGACGCACUGCGCAAGAAGCGUCUCGAGGACGAGAUUGCAGCGCGUGUAAAAAACCAGGACCGCCGCUUGCAGCGCAAGAAUGCGAAGGCCGCAGCGGAAGGAGUCACUGGCGGCUACAAAAAGAUGCCGAACAAGACAAACACCAAGCGCCGGUGCGGUCGCUGUGGCAUGGUUGGACAUAUGGCGACUAACAACGCGUGUCCACAGUACCCUACCAACAAUCCCAACGAUCGCAACGGCUCCGGUUCGGGCAGCUCGGGCGUGCGGCCUCCCAGCGUUAUGCCGAUGCCAAACAGUACCUAUUAUACCAAUGCUACUAACCAGCAAAAUAGUAUGGCGACGGCGCCCCAGUACGGGCCCAUGGGCCAAAUGGCACCACCGUAG